GUACACAGUCUGGGGUAAAGAACCCCAACCACUCCGCCGGAGGUCACCAGUGGCAUCCUGUUCUUUUUAUCUGACCUUUGACCACUUAGCUUUGCCUUUUGAGGUCACAGCGACUAAGGUACUAGUGGUCCUCACCCUGGCUCUCUGAAUAUCGAGUCAGAAUAACAAAACUCUAUUGUAAGAUGUAAUAAUCGGCUUAUAAUUGGAAACAUUUUAUUACAUAUGUAUUGUGUAACUACAAGGCCUAGUACAUUAUUGUGGUAUUAGUAAGGUGGACAUCAUCACCAGAGUCUUUUGUCUGCUUUUCCCAUGUCUUAUUAUUCUUAUUUUUCCUAUGACGGUAUGUCACACUCCAUUUGUCCCAGGUCAUUACAUUUGACCUUGAAAUUCUCACUACAAAUGGUUACAUUUUUUGUGAUCUCUACCCUGGAUCAUAGCCUACUCCAGCAUUUCCCAAACUAGGGGUUUGAAAACAGGAAAUUCUGAUAUAAAAUGAUGUCCGUAACCUCCAGUAGCAGCUAGAUGCGGUUGUAGUAAACAGUGGUUUCUGUUUUCUUCCUACAAAUGUAGUUCUAUCUUUUGAACGGUUUAAGCUACAUAUUAUUAUGACCCCAUUGAUGUUGAUAAAAGUCACCUUGUCCUAGAGAGAUUUACACGGUCAUCAAAAUGUCAGGGUAAACCUACACCAAACAGACCUUAUUUUAAGUGUUUCUAAAAUCCCCUAUUGGGAAAAUGAAUGGUGGAAAAACUAUUGGAACCAUUUCCCUGUUUGACCAUUAGGUUUUAUGGGUAUUAUUACACCCAUGCGCACAAGCCUGUGUAGGCCUGUGUAGAGGCACUAAAUCAGACUGGGGGGAAAAAGAACAUCAAUGAUGCUGUCAGACUGAUUUAUAUUAGACUGUCAAAGACACAGUUAAAAAAAGUAGACAUUGGCUGUUGAUUACAUCACCUUUUGUGUUUGACAUGGUGUGGGUUUUUGAUAUCAAAAUGGGGUCGCGGACCGAAAAAGUUUGGGAACCCCUGGCCAAGCCUACUCACUGGAAUACCUAUUUUGUCUCCCCUAGUGGAGGAAAAAUGGGCCUACAAUGACAAAUAAAAAAAUAGGGAUCAGCGCAUUGAGCUAUAAAAAAAAACGGAUCAGCGCCAUGUCUGAUUCUCCAGUAGUGGAAUAGAGAACCGGACACCUAAACCAUUUAAUUCCAGGGUCGGGGAUCCCGUUCGGUCUCGAGGAUGUCCGGGAGCGCAGGGAUUCAGCAGGGCUCCCCGGCCAUCGGUGCAGCGGGAUCGGCGCCUGCGGCUCCGGGAGCCGGGGGAACCGAGGGUUCGGGCGCCACGGUAGGAUCAGCACGAAUCGCCGUGAAGAAGGCGCAGCUCCGCUCCUCCCCGCGCCCGAAGAAACUGGAGAAGCUCGGAGUUUAUUCAUCUUGCAAGGCUGAGGGGGCCUGUAAGUGUAACAGCUGGAAGAGCCAGAACCCCCCUCCCACACCACCCCGUACAGACCAGCAGCCCAACACUUUCAACCUUCAGGACCCCUGCCGUAGCUGCUCUCAUACACUGGGUGACCAUGUAACCCACCUGGAGAACGUUUCAGAGGAGGAGAUGAACAGGCUUCUGGGCAUUGCUCUGGACGUGGAGUACCUGAACACAUGUGUCCACAAAGAGGAGGAUGCUGACACCAAACAAGUCUACUUCUCCCUCUUCAAGCUAUUGAGGAAAUGCAUCCUUCAGAUGGGCAGACCUGUGGUGGAGGCACAGGAGAGUCCUCCCUUUGAGAAACCUAGCAUUGAACAGGGGGUGAAUAACUUUGUCCAGUACAAGUUCAGCCAUCUUCCCUCCAAGGAGCGUCAGACCAUCGUGGAGCUGGCCAAGAUGUUCCUCAACCAGAUCAACUACUGGCAGCUGGAGACACCCUCACAGAGACGCCAGCGGGCCCCUGCUGAUGAUGCCGCCGGGUACAAAGUCAACUACACCAGAUGGCUGUGCUACUGCAACGUCCCUCAGUUCUGUGACAGUCUACCGCGGUACGAGACGACCCAAAUCUUCGGUCGGACCCUGCUGCGCUCCGUCUUCACUGUAAUGAGGAAACAGCUGCUAGAGCAGGCCAGACAGGAGAAGGAUAAGCUACCCCCGGAGAAACGCACUCUCAUCCUCACACACUUCCCCAAAUUCCUGUCCAUGCUGGAGGAGGAGGUGUACAGUCACAGCUCUCCCAUCUGGAGUGAAGAAUUCCUGGCUGGAUCCUCAGGAGGACCGAUCCCCAUUCAUACAGUGAUCAGUGCGCCCCCGGUGGCCAGGUCUUUGUACUACAACUCCAGCCCAGUAUCUGUGUACCCAUCCAGCUGUGGCAGUGUCAGUCCUGCCAGGAAGACCGCCUCUGUUCUGGAACCCAGCCCAGGUGGGCAGAAGCGGAAGCCAUCGGAGCCCCUCCCCCAUGAGGAGACUAAGAAGCUCAGGAUUGUCGGGGACAUCCCCAUGGAACUCAUCAAUGAAGUCAUGGCAACCAUCACCGACCCCGCCUCCAUGCUGGGACCAGAGACCAGUCUACUGUCGGCCCACUCAGCCCGUGAUGAGGCGGCACGCCUGGAGGAGAGGAGGGGAGUGAUAGAGUUCCACGUCAUCGGGAACUCCCUCAACCAGAAGCCCAACAAGAGGAUCCUCAUGUGGCUGGUGGGCCUCCAGAAUGUCUUCUCUCACCAGCUGCCUCGCAUGCCCAAAGAGUAUAUCACACGCCUCGUCUUUGACCCAAAACACAAGACUCUGUCGCUGAUCAAAGAUGGCCGUGUGAUCGGAGGGAUCUGCUUCCGGAUGUUCCCCUCGCAGAGCUUCACAGAGAUCGUAUUCUGUGCAGUCACCUCCAACGAGCAGGUCAAGGGAUACGGCACUCACCUGAUGAACCAUCUGAAGGAGUACCACAUCAAGCACGACAUCCUCAACUUCCUCACCUACGCAGACGAGUAUGCCAUUGGCUACUUCAAAAAGCAGGGCUUCUCUAAAGACAUCAAGGUUCCCAUGGCCAAGUAUCUGGGCUACAUCAAAGACUAUGAGGGAGCGACACUGAUGGGCUGUGAGCUCAACCCCAGCAUCCCUUACACGGAGUUCUCUGUCAUUAUCAAGAAGCAGAAAGAGAUCAUAAAGAAACUGAUUGAGAGGAAGCAAGCUCAGAUCAGAAAGGUCUACCCAGGACUUUCCUGUUUUAAGGAAGGAGUUCGACAGAUUCCCAUCGAGAGCAUUCCUGGAAUACGGGAAACUGGAUGGAAACCGGUGGGCAAAGGGAAAGAGCUGAAGGAUCCAGAUCAGCUGUACAGCACCCUGAAGACCAUCCUACAACAUGUUAAGAGUCACCAGAAUGCCUGGCCGUUCAUGGAACCAGUGAAGAAGACUGAGGCUCCUGGCUACUACCAAGUCAUCCGCUUCCCCAUGGACCUGAAGACGAUGUCUGAGCGUCUGAAGAGCAGGUACUACACCACGCGGAAGCUCUUCAUGGCCGACAUGCAGCGCAUCUUCACCAACUGUCGCGAGUACAAUCCCCCAGAGAGUGAGUACUACAAGUGUGCCAACCUGCUAGAGAAGUUCUUCUACACCAAGAUCAAGGAGGCAGGUCUCAUUGAGAAGUGAAGAGAUGGGAGGGGCUUCAAGGGUGAGGGAGCAAUGGCUUAGGUCUAAUGAUUUUUUAAAAUGUUUUUGUUUUUAUUUACUUAUUCUUUAUUUUUCUACUGCGUUCAACCAGAAAAAGAGAGAGCUAUAUAUCCAGUAGGAAGAAUGAUUUUAGGUUAAUCAGUAUACUAUCCCUCGCCCCACUCAGGAAAACACAAGUCCUAGAUAGAAACUCCCAUCUGUUCAGCUAACACAACCCUCCUCAGCUAACCUAACCCUCCUCAGCUAACCUAACCCUCCUCAGCUAACCUAACCCUCCAUCUGUUCAGCUAACCUAACCCUCCAUCUGUUCAGCUAACCUAACCCUCCAUCUGUUCAGCUAACCUAACCCUCCAUCUGUUCAGCUAACCUAACUCUCCAUCUGUUCAGCUAACCUAAGACGUCACAUCUGUGAAGAACUGGACUGUCUGAGAGAUAUAGGGAGGGAUAGUCAGUCAGUUACUCAGCCAUUCAGUCUCUGUCUCCAUAUGGUGUUACUGGGUCUUAAUGGUGUAGGGUGAAAAAAAACCUAGACGCCGAUUUUGGGUCAGUUUUGCACUUUCCCCACUAAUGGUAAAGGUUAGGAUUAGGGGAGGGGAAGCUGAUCCCAGAUCUGUACCUAGGGAAACCUCUCCCUGGAACCAUAGUAAUUUGACUUGUUUUAUUUUUAUGUGCGUGUUACGCGUGACUUCAGAUGAGGUCUGUCCCAGAAUUUAUGAGGGCAAAAUUUGUAUGUAUGUUACUAGAGAGUUCAUCCUGCCAAAAAAGGAAAAUUAUAUUUUAAAUCUGUAUGUAUGAAUUUUAACAAUUGUAAACCUCUUGAAUUACUUGCUGUAUAUUUUUCCUGGUUUGUUUUUAAACUGAAAGGAGGGGAAGCCCUUCAUGCUGGUCCAUGUAAAAAGUCCCAUAGGGCAAAAGGUGACCAUGGAAAUGCACUUAUUUAUUUUUUCAAGCAACUAUUCAGCAUCACAUGGUGAAAGAGCUUUUUUGUUUUCCAUUGAGAUGUUCAGUCUUUUGAGAAAAGCACUAUGAAUAAUGGCUAAUUUUAACUAUGUAGAGUUUCUCCUUAUUUAUGUGCUGUAAUUUUUAAGGAAUAAUGCUUAAUAAAAUAAUUUAUUCUGUCGUAUUAUUUCUGUCUAGACGAUUGAUAUCUUUGUACUUUGAAGAUAAAAUAAAAAGAUUGUGCAAUACUAUGUAGUUUUGCUGUUUUGUAUAGAAGAUGUUUGUACUUUUUCAAACUUUAGGAGAAACCUGGAUUUUGUAAUAUUGGUUUGAAUGACAGACUAUUUUAUAGACUGAUUAAAAUAGAAGUGAAUCUAA